AUGUUGGAUCGUGUAUUGAGUACGUGUAUGGAUGGACGUACUGUGCGUAUCAAUGUUAUGCAACCGCUGACAGUUAAUUUUGUCACUGAUGACCAAUUAUCAGUGGAGGAAAGAAGCAGUGCUGUACUGGCAAGAUAUAAAGAAGCCAGUGGAGUAACUGCAACCUUACCUAAGGUAAAUGUUCGUAAACUAUCACCUAAGCCGCUGUCAUCUAAAAAUUUCGAGAUGCCUAAAGGAUAUAUCAAGUAUCGUGUCAGGCUAAAUGAAGAAAUGGACAGCAUCUUGGAAUAUGAUGUUGACGAGGAGGAUAUGAAAUGGUUAACCCUUGUUUCAAAGAAAUUAGAGAAAGCUGGCGAGGAACGUCUCAGUGUGCAUAGUUUUGAGAUUGCAAUGGAUCGUCUAGAAAAAGAAAGUUUUUUCCAAGUAAGACAUCUUGUCGGGAUAAUCGAAUGUUCAAAAGGUGAUGGUAAUUACAAAUAUCUGGUUGAUCAAGAUGCUGUAUGCUGCGUAUGUAAUGAUGGAGAAGGCAGCAACAUUAAUCAAAUUAUAUUCUGUGAUAUGUGCAAUAUUGCCGUUCACCAAGAUUGUUACGGCGUACCAUAUGUCCCGGAAGGACAGUGGCUUUGUCGACGUUGUCAAAUGUCACCAUCGAAACCAGUAUCAUGUGUACUUUGUCCGAGUUCACAUGGUGCCUUCAAACAAACAGUUGACAGUCGUUGGGCCCAUGUUGUUUGUGCAUUGUGGCUGAAUGAGGUUCAUUUUGCCAACAGUGUUUUCAUGGAACCAAUUGAUGGGAUUGAAAAUUCACUAAGACGAAGGCAACGGCUGAGAUGUAUUGUAUGCAAGCAAAAAGUGGGAGCAUGUCUACAGUGUUCUAGGAAAAGCUGUACCCGUUCAUUUCACGUGACAUGUGCAAAUGCCGCGGGUAUGGAGAUGCGUGCUGAAAUAGUUGAUAAUCCCAAACGUGAAGGUGGCACUGAAAUACGGUAUACGGCAUAUUGCCAUUUUCAUUCAACCGAUUUUGUAAAAAAUGAUGGAAGUGAUUUCUCCAAGCAAAGGAAAAAAGUGGAUGAAAUGAUGAAAAAAGCACGUGAAAAAUUAGUAGCAAGUCAAGCACUUAUUCCACCAGUUUCUAUUCCCACUGUUCCGCACGAAAGUCUGAAAAGAAUAUGUGAGAAAGCUGAUAUCAGUGAGAAUGUGAUUCGUUACAUCGUUGCUUAUUGGUCGUUAAAAAGGAAGUCACGAUUCGGAGUACCUUUGUUACGAAGAUUAAUCCAUAGCAAAACACUUCCCAAGUCUGCUGAUGCUUCUCCGAUAUCUGGACAGGAGCCACACCCUAGUGAAACUAGAACAUACUUCUUGUUGCGAACGAACCUUGAGCGUGUUCGUCUAUUAUGUGAGCUGGUAAAAAAGCGGGAAAAGAUGAAAAAAGAAUUUUAUGACUCGACUGCCUCCUUGCUGAAUCGUUUGACAAAGCCGUUGAAUGCAAUAAUGAGUGAAGUAAUCGAGAAGAUUGCUAGCAAAGAUUAUAGUGAUGUAUUUGCAAAGCCAGUAACGGAAAAGGAGGUGCCUGGUUAUUCGACGGUUAUCAAAAAUCCAAUGGAUUUGUCCACCAUGCGAAAGAAACUUGCAAAAUGUGAUUACAAAAACCUCUCGCAGCUCAAGUCUGAUUUUACAUUAAUGAUGAAUAAUUGUUCAACAUUUAAUCGACAUAAUGAAUUCUUCUGGAAAUAUGGUCAUCGACUUCAUCGCAUUGGUCUGAAAUAUUUUAGAGCUGCUGAAAAAGACGUGCAGGCUCUCACUUUGGCAAAUGGGGUAUUCAAAACAAUAUCAAGCAUAUCCUAUACACCUAUCGAAGGAUCGAAGCUUGACAACGAAGAGGAAAACGAUGAAGGCUUGGACAUUGUACAAAAAAAAGCGUCAAUAUGUCGUAGUUCAAAGGGUGAAAAGACGGUUCCAACGAGAACAUCAACUCGGAAGCGUACUUUGCGAACUUUUGAUGACAGCGUUACACGAAAGCGUCCCAAAUAUAAUCUGGCUAUAGAGUCGUUUAUGACCUACAGAAACGGUCCACUGAAAAGUCCGAAAUUUUUGACAACUGACACUUCCACAAUGGAAGAAUCAAGUUCUGCUGAAGAUGAAAUGCCUCUUCGACGAGGACGGCGAAGAAACACAAGGAAAUCUCGAAGGCUAAUGCCACCACCACCAAUGGAACGUCCUGUUGAAACAGUUGAAGUGGCAUGUGAAUUUCAACAUGACGAUAUUGUUUGGAUAACAGAAAAUAAUGAACGUAAAAUUGGGAGGGUCAUCGAUUUACGAAUGAGGGUUUUGCUGGCUGAUUUGCCAAUAGAUGAAAUGUUUAGCGCAAAACCACAUGAUUAUACGCAAUAUGUUUUGGUCUUGUAUUUUGACGGUCAAAAAAAUUGGCGUUGGGUUCCAGUGAAAUGCGUAUCGUACUGUCUCGUGAAAUCUAUAAAAGCUGAAGACUAUCCUCCUGCUGUGCGAGAAGCAUUGAGAGAAGCAAAAGAAUUUUUGUAG